CGGCUGAGUCUGGGCAUGCGCCGGGAUGGUCCUUUCCGGUUGCGCCACUUCCUCUUCCGUUUUGAGGAAGCGGGGAUCUGGAUUGGAAAAUGGCAAAGCGGCGGCUGCCCUGCGGGGCGGAGGACGCGGCGGAGGGAGAGCGCGAGUGACAACAGGAGAGCUGUAGCUCGGAUGUCUCUCUCGCCGAAGAUGCUGCCGUGCAAGAAGAGAAGAGCCGUCACGGCAGAUUCUGAGGAGGUGGUGGUGGAGGAGGAGGAUGUGCAGCCUGUUCCAAUGAAAACCCCUGCCUCAGGUGGGAUCAACCAGCUCUGUGGCCUGGUGCCGCAGGGGCAGGACAAUUCUGCUUUGACUGAAGGGAGAGGUCCCUACAGCCUGCCUGCCAACACACCUGCCUGUUCAUCUCCCCCUGCUUUGCCUAUGCCUCUGUCUUUCUUGGGAGACGCUGGCGGUGAAGCAGCGAAGAGCAUUGUGCUUCCAUCUAGAGACGCCAUUCAGAAAGGCUGGCCGGAAUUGUCUGAGGCCUCUUUGAGGGGUGGGAAUGUCCUGGCUAAGGCAGAGCUGGAUCUCUGCCCAGAGGGAGCCAGAGAGCUCCAGGACGCAAAGACCUCUCCAUCACCUGAGCUGCUUGUGGAUAAGGAGCGGAAGCCCAAGUCAGAAGCUGCUACCAUUUCUCUGAAGCCAGAGCCUGAAUGGGACGUGGGGUAUCCUCCCCUGAAAGCCCCAAAGGCCGCACAGGGAGCUGAAUUACUCCAGGAAGUCAAGGAGGAAGCUGAGGAGACAGGGCUGUUCAUCCCAGUAGAAGAGCGAGAAGGAGGGAAGAGAAAGCGGAGGAAAGCGACUAAACGGAAGCGGGACGGGAAAUGCCAGGAGGAGGAGGAAGGGCCCUUGGCUUGCGACCUCAAGCUGGAUGACACGCUCGACCGGACUUUGGAAGACGGGGCGAAACAGCACAACCUGACAGCUGUCAACGUGCGAAACAUCCUCCACGAAGUGAUAACGAAUGAGCAUGUCGUCGCCAUGAUGAAAGCAGCCAUCAGUGAGACGGAGGACAUCCCCAUGUUCGAGCCAAAGAUGACUCGCUCCAAGCUGAAGGAGGUGGUGGAGAAGGGAGUGGUUAUUCCAACGUGGAAUAUUUCUCCAAUCAAAAAGGCGAAUGAAAUCAAGCCCCCUCAGUUUGUGGAUAUUCCCCUCGAGGAAGAUGAUUCCUCUGAUGAAGAGUACCAGCCGGAGGAGGAAGAGGAGGAUGAGACAGCAGAGGAGAGCUUGAUGGAGAGUGAUGUGGAAAGCACAUCGUCAUCGCCACGGGGAGCCAAACGGUCUCGUUCAAGGCGGUCCUCCGAUAUGAUAGAGACUGACGAGGAGGCAGCAAUGCCAGCAGAAGCAGAGAAAGCCUCCGCUGCCCCACUUCAGCGGCACAUCAGUGCUGAAGUCGUCCCGAUGGGCCCCCCGCCGCCCCCCAAACCCAAGCAGAGCAAGGACAGCACCUUCAUGGAGAAGCUGCACGCGGUGGAUGAGGAGCUCGCCUCCAGCCCAGUGUGUAUGGACGCCUUCCAGCCUCUGGAGGACAGCUUGAUCGCCUUGCGCACCCGGUCGAAGAGGCCCCUGAAGGACGUGCCCCUCGGCCAGUUGGAAGCUGAGCUCCGUGCUCCAGACAUCACCCCGGACAUGUAUGACCCCAACACGGCAGACGACGAGGAGUGGAAGAGGUGGCUGGGUGGCCUCAUGAACGACGAUGUGGGAAAUGAAGAUGAGGCUGACGACGACGACGACCCCGAGUACAACUUCCUGGAGGAUCUUGACGAGCCAGACACGGAGGACUUCAGGAACGACCGUGCCGUGAGGAUCACGAAGAAAGAAGUUAAUGAGCUGAUGGAGGAGCUGUUUGAGACGUUUCAGGAUGAGAUGGGCUUCUCCAACGUAGAGGAUGAAGGGCCAGAGGACGAGGACAGUGCUGCGGAGGCCCGUCCAAAUUUUAACACUCCGCAGGUGCUCAGGUUUGAGGAGCCCCUGGCCAACUUGCUGAACGAGCAGCACCGGACGGUCAAGGAGCAGCUGGAGCAGCUGCGCAUGAAGAAGUCGGCCGCCAAGCUGCCCCAGGAAGCGGAGAGGCUGAAGCUCCGCGAGAAGCCAGUCCAAACCCUGGUGCUGGACGCCGGGCAGAAGAAGAGGCUGCAGCAGCAGAUGCAACAGCACGUGCAGCUCUUGACCCAGGCCUACCUUCUCAGCAGCUGCAACCCCAGCCUGAGCUCGGAGGCCAGCACCACACGGCUCUUUCUGACCGAGCUGGAUACUUUCGCUCAGAGCUCCGCUAUCCUCCGCCAGCCCUUGGGGCCCAAAUUCCAGACCACGUUUCAGCCGUGCAACUUGAAGGAUGCCUUGCAGCUCAUCAAGGACUUCGACUCGCACGUUAAGAUCGAAUGGAGCCCCCGCAAAGCAGUUAAGAAGAACGUGAGCGACUUUGUUUGCCUGCCGAAGCAGGUUGCGUGGAUUUUGGCCACACGGAGGGUCUUCAUGUACCCAGAGUUGCUGCCCACCUGCUCCUUAAAGGCCAAGUUGCCCCGGGACAAGAUUAUCUUCACGAAAGGGGAAGACAAUUUGUUAGCCUUGGGACUGAAGCAUUUCGAAGGGACAGAGUUCCCCAAACCUCUGAUCAGCAGGUACCUCCUGAUGACCAAGACAGCCCGCCAGCUGACAGUGCGGAUCAAGAACCUCAAUAUGAACCGGGUCCCCGACAACAUCCUUAAACACUAUAAGACAACGAAGCAAUUGCCUAGCCUGCCGAAGCUUUGUGACGAGAUCCAGCCUGGGGAAUGGAAACCCCCCGUGGAACAAGAGGAGCAUCGUUUGCCCUUCUGGUUGAAGGCCAGCUUGCCAUCCAUCCAGGAGGCACUGGAGCAAAGCGCUGGAGCUGUGUCCAGCUUCCCUGGCUCCGACCCUGACCUGGGUAAAGCGGGGAGGGAUCCUGCGGAGACUGCAAGAGAUGAGAAAUACCCCCUGCGCAUGCCCGAGGGUUUGCAGCUGAUCCUGAGGCCCCUCACCAGCCGCAUCUGCCGUAAGGCCUGGAGGCGGCAGAGACAGGCCUCCGCCAAGCCCCUCCCUGUCCGUCCAGGCCUUUGCCUGCUCCCCGCCGGCACCAACCACUACCUGAAGGUGGGUGCCCGGCAGCCUCAGCCGGAAGCCCCUCCCAGCAAGCCUGCAGGGCGCGUCCCCCGCCUGAUUCAGCCUGCCCCGCUGGUGCAGCCCUUGCCAGGGGGGAUUCAGCACUUGAGCCUUCUGCCGGCCACGGGGAGCACUGCCAGCUUUGACCUCCAGGGGGUGCUCUCCGCCCCGCCCCAUUCCGACUCCAGGGCCUGCUUGGCUGCCGCUCUGCCCCAGAACUUGGUCUCCUCCCUGCCGGUCGCCUUCCAGACCAAGAUGAUCCCGCCAGCGCUGCCUGCGACGAAGGUCCGGAAGCCCAGCGCCCCCAGGGGCUACCAGAAGAAGAAGAGCCCCAAAGCCGCCCCCCUGUUCAAGCCCUCUCCCCUCCUGCACCCGGCCCCGGUCAUCUUCACCGUGCCGGCCGGUGCCGUGAAAGUGGUCGGCAUCGCCAACGGCUGCAACGUCCUGCACCCCUUGGCAUCGAGCGGUGCAGGCAGCGCUGCUCAGCCCAUCCCCAUCACCACUUUGCUGGUCAACCCUAACCCUUUCCCGUGCCCACUGAGCCAGCCGCUAGCAACCUCUCCGGCACCGUCGCUGGUGGUGACGUCAAAUGCCACCAGCUCCCCUGUCCCCACCAAGGAUUCCGCGUUUGUGAGCCCGCCUGCCGGCGGAAUCGCAUCCCCGGAGCCACGAGAGACGUCGCCGUUGGUCUCCGCCGGUGAAGACAGCGGCCGGUGGUCGUCCGAUCCUGACCUUGGGGUCCAAGGAGAGACUCCCAUCGAAGGGUUCGGGGAACCGAGCGAAGGGAAUUCUGCUGAUCUGGGGACCCCAGGGCUCUUCUCCUCUUUGCCUGAGAUGGGGGAGACAGUGAAGGUUGAAACAGAGAAACCCAGAGACCUCCCUCCAGUGGCUUCCCCCAUUCCGGAGGAGCUGAGCUCCGCCGGCAGCCCGGUCAGAGAGGAGCUGGUGUUGGAACUGGGGCAGGAGCUGGAUGUGGAGCCGACACCAGAGGGCGCCGCUGAGCAGAAGGAAGCUCCCGGCAAGCCGGGCUCCGGCCAGAACGAGGAGAGAGGCCAAGGCGACGGCCUGCAGAGCGCAGCCGGCACUGCGGAAAACACCAGCAGCAGUUCUCCCGAGAAAGCCUGCAGCUCUGCUGCCGGAGGGCCUGAUUCCAGUGCCGCCUUGGAGAAGGACCUGUCCACCGCAGGCGGCCGUGCCGUUGGGGGGAUUCCUGCCAGGCAGGAGGCGUCGGCAGGCGAGAAAGAGGGGCCGGAGGAGGAGGAAGAAGAGGACUUUGAUGAUUUCACUCAAGAUGAGGAAGAUGAGGAAAUGUCGUCCGCCUCGGAGGAGUCGGUCCUCUCCGUACCAGAGCUGCAGGAGACGAUGGAGAAGUUGACGUGGCUGGCCUCUGAGAGGCGCCUGAGCCAGGAGGGCGAAUCCGAGGAGGAGAAUUCCCAGGAGGAGAACUCUGAGCCGGAGGAGGAGGAGGAAGAAGAGGAAGAGGAAGGGGAGGGGGAGAACUCGGAAAACUUGCAGAAAGAGGACGAAAUGGCCGACGAGGUCGCAGACCCCAGAGACGGGCCGGCAGAGUCUCUUGCCCUCACUUGCGCUGCCCCGGAGGUGGAGCCCAGCAGGGACGCCCCAGGAGAGAGCACCAAAGCACCGGGCAAAAGCCGCGGCUCCCACCGAGCACGAGCGAAGAGAGGCCGGGCUCGUGCCAGCAAAGACACCUCCAAGCUGUUGCUCCUCUACGACGAAGACAUUCUGGAGAGAGACCCCUUGCGGGAGCAGAAGGACUUGGCCUUUGCGCAGGCUUACCUGAGCAGGGUGCACGAGGCCUUGCGGAAUGUCCCUGGCAAGUACGAGGAGUUCCUGCACAUCAUUUAUGAAUUCGAGAGCAACGCCCAGAAGCAGACGGCCGUCGACCUCUACGCGGGACUGCGGAACCUGCUAAGGGAGUGGCCGCAGUUGCUCACUGACUUCGCUGCUUUCCUCUUGCCUGAGCAGGCCCUGGAGUGCGGGCUGUUUGAGGAGCAACAAGCUUUUGAGAAGAGCAGGAAGUUCCUUAGGCAACUGGAGAUCUGCUUUGCGGAAAACCCUUCCCACCACCAGAAGAUCAUCAAAGUGCUGCAGGGCUGUGCAGAGUGCCUGCCCCAGGAGAUAAUCGAGCUGAAGACCCAGAUGUGGCAGUUGCUGAAGGGGCACGACCACCUGCAGGAUGAGUUUUCCGUCUUCUUCGACCACUUGCGCCCGUCGGCCAACCGCCUGGGAGAUUUUGAGGAAAUCAACUGGACGGAAGAGAAAGAGUAUGAGUUUGAUGGAUUUGAAGAGGUGUCCUUGCCAGAUGUGGAGGAGGAAGAGGACCCCCCCAAAAUCCACGCGACUGCGAAAAAUAAGAAGAGGAAGGAGCUUGGGGGGCAGAAUAUUGACAAGGAGUCUGAGUGGGCCGAGGGGGCCAAGGAGUGCUGCUGCUCCUGCCACGAGGGGAGCAGUGAUCUCAGGCUGAAGAGGAGUAAGCGAAGGACCUGCAGCCACUGCAGCAGCAGCAGCAGCAGCAACAAGGCAGGAGAUGGCAAGGCCUACAGGAACAAAGAUCCCCAGGAGCUCACGGACAGCCUCGUCCAGCGCGAACUGAGCCCUCGCCCCGAAGGGAAGGAGCCUGCGGAAGAGAGUCUGGAGCAGAGAGAGGACGGGGAGCCUCCCCAGAGCAGGAUGAGGACAGGCGCCAGGAGAGCAGACUCCGCAGCAGGAGGUUCUCGCGUGGAAGGAAAAUUGCCUUUGCCAAAGGAGACCCCUACGGAAGGGGGUGCGCUACCAGGACCUCCCUGCCUCCCCAAAGCCAGCGAUCCUGCCCAGCUGUUCCCUCCUGGUACUGCUGCCUCUUCCACGCUGCAGGUGCAGAGGGGCGCCCCACCGAAACCCCACCGACCCAAAAGUGGCUCUUGCCAUAUAGGAGGCGAGAGCGACGCAGGACUCGGCCCGAGGAGCGGGGAAGCUUCUUCAGGCGUUUCAGGGGGUGAGACUCUUGCAGGAGCAGCGGGUGGUGCAGCUAGCCCAGGUGUCAACCCUCCUCUAGCCAAGAGUUGGCCACAAAAGCCUGCCGUUCAGUCCAGCCCCUCGCGGGGGGCAGCAUCUGUUCCUCCUCGAGUGUGUCUCAAGGACAAGGAAUUGGACAGGUUGACAUCGUCUCUGGAUACAAAGCCCAAAGGAAGGGAUCUUUGCGGGUCACACUCCAAGGACCUCACGCCGUUGAAAGCAGGAGCGGCAAACUGUGGCUCUCAGACUCCAGCAGUGGCCUCUGGAGUUUGCAGCCCUCUGGCUACGGAGAAGAAAGGAAAUGCCACGGAGAGACUGUGUGCUAGUGACCGCUCGGAGCUGCCAGCUGCAGGCAGUGGGGAGCGGGCCGCCUCGCUGCGGGGAGAUGAGCUGCACCAGAGGGCGGUCGAAGCGACUGUGUGCGCUAAAAACAUCAAGGUCAGCUCCACCGGGGAAAAGGUUGUCUUGUGGACCAGAGAGGCUGACCGGGUCAUUCUGACCACUUGCCAGGAGCGAGGAGCUCACCCGGACACAUUCAGUGCCAUCUCGCAGCAGCUGUGCAACAAAACGGCAGAGGAGGUCGCCCAUCGGUUCAGGGAACUGAUGACUUUAUUUCACACGGCUUGUGAUGUCAGCUCAGAGGACGAAGAAGAUGGAAUGAGCACCAGCAACACUGACCAGCUUUCUGACAAAGACCCAGUCCUCUCUGAGGAAGAGCAGGAGGAACAAGGCUUUUGAAAGGCUGAGCCAGUACUACUGAAGAGGAAUGGAGGCGGCUGGGCAAUCUUUUUUGCAUAUGGCUCCAGAGAACUCCAUCUGACCCCCAC